UUGCCUAUCCGCCGCAAACGGAGGAUGAUCACCAAUCGCAGGCCAGUGAAAAACUUUGUAAAAUUUCUAAUUAAAGUGAAAUUUCUAAAUAAAUAAAAACCCUAAGUCUGAAAAUGAUUGAAAGAUUGUUUCUAAUCUGUUUGUUGAUAAUAAAUUUGAAUCUGCUGCAAAAGAACAGGACAUGGGCUCUAUUGGAUAAUCAGUGGUAUAAUUCAUUGACACCGGAUCAAAGGUCAUUUCCAUCGGCUGUGGCAGUUCAAAAAAGCUAUGACUCUUGGCAGCCGCUAUUGAAAACUCAUAAGUGGUGGAUAACAACAGCUGGUGGUGCUGCUGCCACUGGUUCAUUGUCAAUGAAGUCAAACGAGAAUAUCGAACGUGAAAAUGUAUCCUUUAUGCUGCAGCCGUCAUCUGGCGGUGUUUCAGCACCAACCCAGUAUUUUACAAAUCGCUUAUUCAUCUAUAAUAAUCAAAACGGAAAUUACAACAAAACACAAAUUACCCCAUUCAGUGGCGGUGCUGAUGUUCCGAACACAAAAUCAACAUUGUCACCAAUAACACAUCGUAGUCGUCACCACCAUCAUCAAAAGCAUCCAUUGACAAAUAUUGAAGGCAUUAACCGCAACGUGAAAAACAACUAUCAGCCGCAUAACCCCAUCGAACAACAGCAGGAGCAGCAACAACAACAACAGCAGGUGAAUCGUACCUAUUCUUCUCACAUAUCUCCAAAGUAUACGCAACAAACGAAUAUUGUCGAUGCUAAACAAGCCCAACGACUACGACAUAUGCCAGACUCUACAACCAAUCGUCAAUAUGUCACGACGGAUGUUCAACGUCAUUUUGGGGAUAAAUUUGUGUCAGUCCCAGCCUUAGCUCUGAUUGACAACCGACUUUCACACAUUUUGACAACAAAAGAUCCGCACAUCUCAACUAAUGGCAAUCACCUAGAAGCCAUUUCUGAUCCAUCCCCCUUCCCGGCAAAUAAAGAAGUUAAUGUCGAUGCUGACAACGACACUGAUGGAAUUGGCAAAAUCCUCGUUCACGCUGCUUUAGGCAAAGUGAAACAAUUUGGUGAUAUUCUUAAGGAUAUAAUGGCAAAGGAGGAUAAGAAUACCGACGAAGGCAAUCAAAAUGAAGGAGGCCAUGCUAAUGAAGAUGUUUUUGUCCAGAAUCCACCUGACGUCGACACUGAAGGUGAGGAUGUCGAAGCGUCUUUAAGAUAUUCAGAUGAAAACGAUGGCAAUGAUGAUGACCAAGCACUUUUGCAACUUACACCUGCAGUGCUGCCCAGUGCGAGAGUCAUAAAAACUACCGGAACAUUAAAGACAUCGCCAUUAAAUUUGGUAACAAAAAAAGAGAUUAAUAAUGAAGGUCAAGGCCAAAUAGAUAAUAUUAAUGAUGCUGUGGAGAAAAGUUUAACGCCAGCGACGGAAAGCCCAACAUCCAGAUCACUGAAAGUUUUACAAACGACAGCUUGGGGAGAAACCACGCAACAUGAUGUCGGUACUAAUCGUAAGAUAAAGAAAAAAAUUAAGAAGAAAUUUAAAAAAGUACUUUUGCCACUUUUGUUGGCCUAUAAACUUAAGUUUUUAACACUGAUACCAAUACUUAUUGGUGGACUUAUACUGCUGGUUGGCUCAACAGGUAUGGCUGGUUUCUUUUUUGCCCUGUUCGCAGCCGUCAUGACAAUGAGAGGUGGUGACAAAUAUCACAGGUCCAUAUAGAAGCUGAGAACUUGGGUUAGUUCUAUUUUAAGUUUAUUGUAACUAAGUUUAAGUUAUAUUUUUAGAGUAUUGCAAUCAAAAUGGUGAAAUUGGGUUUGUAAAAUCGAGUUAAGUAAUUUUAUUUGGGUAUCACUAUAACAUACAUUUUAUUAUUUAUUUGCUAAAAUAAGUCCUUAUUGUUUAUAACAAUAUUCAUAAAUCCAUCCUAUUUACUAAAUUUGUAUAAUUUUUAUUUUAAGUUUUCAAUAUAUUUAUAAAUAUUUAAGAAA